UGCCUGAAUUAAUUAUAUUUUAUAUUUUAACUGAAAAGUUAGUGAUAUUUGUACUGUGUUAUCAGAUAAUUAUGAUACCCCGCUGGAAGAUCGCCUUUCAUCUGUUUUGCUGGAGUGUAUGAUACUGGUGGGUGGAUGUCGACGUUUGAGGUGGGGUUGACAGGUCUCCUGUCAUCAAUUUUCAGUUGAAAACAGCAGUUGUCUUAGAGAUGGAGGAACCUGUAAUUGUUGUGGUUGGAGAUAGAACCACAGCUGACAGUUCAGACAAAAUAUCGACAGAAACUGCUUCUGACACAGCUGACUCGAGCGAUGUGCAGAAAAACGGAAAAGAUAAAAGUCAUCGCAUCCAUUCCUCCCCCAGUGACGAUCCAGAAUUACAAGACGAGCAAUUACUGCUAGCUGCUACACUUGUUCUUGAUGCCAAGAGAGGACGAAACAUGAAUUUCAAAAAGGAUGACAAGCAUGUUAAAUCCUACCAAGUGUAUCAUCACUUUUUCUUUAGGUGGUCUCUUUAUUUCUUUAUCACUGUCGAUCUGGCCUUGGCACUGGUUGAAAACCCAACUAGGAAGGGAUGGCAGUGGCCAUUGUGGGCUACAAUAUUUGUGGAGCUCAUCUGUAUUAGUUUCUUCAUAUAUCGCAUUGUCCAUGCAGCCUAUGUUACAGAAACCACGGAAUUCUGGAAAGAUACAAAGAACAUAUUGGUUAUUUCCAGUAUUGUUUUGAUGCUGAUUGACAUAAUCGUGUUUGUGAUCUGGACAAAUAACGUGGAGGCACCUCAAAGAGCAAUUCGUUGGUCCCGGUCUCUCCGACCUCUUUUCAUCGUCAACUUCUCAGAUGGAAAACAGGUGCGCCGAGCGUUCCGGAACAUUCGCCGUACGGUGCCGGACAUCAUGAAUGUCCUCAUCCUCUUCUUUCUCAGUGUCUUCCUCUUUGGUCUUCUGGCUCUCAAGCUGUUCGGGAAAAGGCAAGUUCUGGUGUACCCAAAUGGACAUGACUAUUUCAAGAACUACUUUGACUGUAUAUGGGAUCUGUACGUUCUGGUCACCACAGCAAAUGAUCCAGAUGUCAUGAUGCCUGCGUACGACAACAGCAACUGGUUUGCCCUGUUCUUCAUCGGCUACCUCAUCAUCUGUCUGUACAUCUUCAUGAGCAUCGUGCUGGCUGCUAUCUACAACAACUACAAAAAGAACCUCAAGAAUGAGAUUCGGAUGUCUGUGUAUGGCAAGCGGCGACGUCUUGCUAGUGCCUUCGAUAUCCUCAAGGUGAAGAGGCAAAAUCACUACGUGGUCACUCACCAUCGGUGGUGCCAGUUCAUGAAGAAAGUUCUGCCGGGCAAGAGCAUGACGCAGAUCGAACUGCUUAUGAGAGUCCUGGACCGGGAUGGACACAACUGUAUCAGUAAACAAGAUUUUCUCAAUUUGGCUGAUCUUUUAAAUGUGGAACUGACAGAGAUCACAGACAGACAGACGAUCCUUGAAAAAACGUUCCCUAGGAUGUAUAAUUCCAAAUACAGCAAAUGUACACAGCGUAUAGUUCGGCACAGAUUUUUCCGAUAUUCUUUUGACUUCAUGAUUUUUAUAAAUGCAUUCUUCAUUGCGUUUGAUGUGGACAAUGCCGACUGGUUCUUCCUCUCCAUCUUCACUGUGGAGAUAAUUCUGAAGAUGUACACAUUCGGGCCUAAAUACUUCUUCAUUAGAUUCUGGAAUUCGUUUGAUUUCUUUGUUAUUGGAUCGGCUCUCAUUGCUUCUAUAGUUGAAGUAGUUAUCGGUGCUUCUAAUGAAGAGUUGCGCACCCUGGACAUUCUUCUCGUAUUAAGGGUUCUGAGACUGAUCAAGCUGUUUGGGAGUAUACAAAGGUUCAAAGUUGUCAUCACAACAAUUAUUAAUAUAGGCCCAUCUAUCAUCACAUAUGGAGGUGUAAUUUUUGUGUUUUACUAUUUCUUUGCCAUCAUUGGCAUAGAGAUCUUCCACGGGAAGAUUCAUUACUACGGUUAUAACGAGUCGGUGGUGGAGGAGAAGAACCUGUGGUGUGGGAACGCAGCUCUAAAGGACUCCAUGUUCUACCGGUUCCACUACUGCAACAACAACUUCAACGACAUCCUCAAGGCCUUCGUCCUGCUCUUCGAACUCACCGUCGUCAAUCAGUGGCAUGUGCUGACAUCAGGAUUUGUCAUGGUUACCCACAAGGCAGCGCGGAUCUACUUCUUCCUGUUUCAUCUCACCUGUGUGGUCAUUGUUCUCAACAUAUUCACUGCCUUCAUCCUGGAAGCGUUCAUCUUGGAAUAUUCUCUGCAGCGUGUACCCAAGAUUGAGUCUCAGGUUGAAGCUACCAUAAAGGAACUUGGUCUUGGGAUUGGAGGGUCAAAGGUCAGAAGUAAGAGUGUGGUAGGUGACACUCUGGAACUGGUGGACAACGAACAGUUGCCAGAGUCACAAGACAGUCAAACAGAUGGCGAUGUUUCCGAUACUGAUAGCAUUGAAGAUUUCUCCAAUGAAAAAGGACUCAAGUUUUUAUUAAAAAAGCGAAGUCGUAAGAAGGUUGAGGUUCUUCUUCAGCAGAUGUUUGAGGGUGAGAUAGACCCGGAGGAUGAAGGUCCCAGUGGAAGACUGGAUGAUCUGUACCCUCACGACCCGCUUCCUCGCAAGAUGACCUUGGAGGCCAUCACAUGAUACCAAGACAUUCACUAGAGUCUUUAGGCCUCUGAAAAUUCCAAGAACAGUUGUUUCGUUCUCGCGUUGCUCGCGCAAAUCUAAUUUUGUGUAACCUAUUUUUUGUUAGCGCAAAAUCUUGAGCAUCAUUUACAUGGAUAUAACAGGAUACGCAAAAAUGAAAUGAGUUACAUGGAUUUAUUUCUGCGUAACCGAUAAAUGGGUCUCGCAGAUUUUGAAUUCUCAGAGGCCUGGUCUUAAGACACUUUGUUACGUGGCUGUGAAGUGUUCAUUAUUUUGUUGCUAUCUUCUCAAAAUACUCGUAUAACGUCUCCGCAAUAAAAUAUAAUUUUUACGUGGGCAUUUCUGAUGAAGUUAAAUAUUUAAAAUUGGAAUGAUUAUACAUAUAUUUAUAUAAGGACAUCUUGCCAUAUGUAUCUAUAAAGGACACUUAUAGUCCAACUCAUCCUCCUACAAAAAUGUGGGGGGGUUUUGUAAAUAAUUUCAGUUUUGUUUGAUGUAAAAACCAAAGUAAAAGUGUUUUGGAAAUAAAAAUAUACUAUUUGUUUGUGCAAUUUAGAAAUCAAUUGGCUCAGAAAUAAAUAACUUGUAGUAAAUUUCAUAGUAUGAAAAAAGGCGAUCCCUGUGGGACAGACUAUUAUUUAUAUAUUCCUUCUGCUCAGUUUGUUUCUCUCUGUAAAAAGACACAUAAACAAAAAAGUCAUGUUUUCCCUACCAAGUCCUUGGAUGCCUGCUGUAGACAUGUGUGACAAAAACAUCACCAAACUUACAUGUCGUUGCAAAGAAAAUAGAAAUAACUGCAUGUAUUAUUUAUUAAUAACUGUUAUUUAAGUCAUGUUCAAAUUGUUAUGUGCUUUGUUACUGUAAAAAUAUGUAAUAAUAUAUUCACAUGCUGUAGAUAAGAUUUUAUUUUAAAUUAUGUUGGGAGAUAAAAUGUAUAAAUAUUUGCACUAGUCGGAUGGUACACUGAGAUAUAGAACUACAUGUACUUCUGAUUGAGAUUGAAACCUAUGACAUAUUCAAUGCACUGCUAAAAACUAUGCUAACCCAGUCUUGGACACAUCCACCAAGUAAUCUCAAAUAUGAUGUGCCCAAGACAGUUGUGCUUGAAUCUUCAGUGGAUGUAAGCACGAGUUAAAUGGUUGAACUAUGCUACAUGUAUGAAGCUACACCACAUUCAAAUUCUGUUUCUCAGUUAUAAUAGUUAAGCAAUGUUGUCUUGGGUAGGGGUGGCAGCAAGAUUUGUCUAGGCAGGGGAAGCAAUAUUAAAGAAAAAAAAAGCACUUAUACACUGUAGUACUCCAAGUACACAUAACACACAUUAUGCAACGGUAAUCUGCAUCCAGAAGGGAACAUCUGACCGAGAUAUUGCAUCUUAGUCAAUAGAAAGCAAUAAAUUCAUAUUCACAGUGGGACACUGAAAUUAAGGGGAGGGAAUGCACACUCCCUACACCCUCCCCUUGGAUAUGUGUGUGUUCAGUUUAGCACUUGGGUGGUUGACCACAUAAGUGCUAUUGACACUGGUUUUUUCACCAAUCCAUCAUCCCAUGCUGCUCCACAUAUUAAGUAUCUUUGUCAAUCCGUGAUCUGCAUUAACAAUUAAAGUAUUUGAUCAGAUAAUGACUGGGAUGCAGUCCUUUUUUUUUUGCCCCAUUCCAAUCAUGGCACCAUGACUAGUAUAUCAAAGGACGUUGUGUACUGUCCCAUCUGGGAAAAUGCAUUAAGAUUUCUUGCUGCUAUGGAAAAAUGUAGGGCAUUUCCUCUAAGACUAUUAUCUGUUUAGCAACCUAGCCAGCCAGGCCCUGACAUCAUGAAGGUUGACACACAUUCAAGAGACAAGUAAAGCUAUUGGAUGAUACUUUAUUGACUACAAUUGAUGAAUAAAAAAUGAACUGACAAUAUAUCACAGUCUGCUUUACUACAAAUAAAUAGCAUUGCAAAGAUGUAUUGGAAUAAUGUUAAAUUUUACACAUCCAACACAGAAACUACACUACUAGGGCCGAAUUCACAAAGGUCUCUUAGGCUCUGCUAGACAACAAAGCAUCCUCUUUGCAAGUCUUUUAGUAUUGCAGUGCGAGAUCACAAAGUUGCGAGAGUUCAGUGAAUUAGGCCCCUGGUCUGCACUAUAAAUGUAUGAAUACAAAUCCUAUUUGUGAAACAUGAAUGAUAUUAUUUUCCUGUAAUUUUGAUUACAAAUACUCAUGAUUUAAUGGGUAAAAUGAAUAAAUUAUCACAAGUAUUGAUGCCAGAAGUAUUUUUCAUCAGCAUACAAUUCAUGAAUAUUUCUUGGGGAAAUGGAUAUUUGGAAACAAAUUACUUGUAAUGAUUCUGCUCUUAAUAAGUUAUUACAUGAAAUGAUUUAUACGCCUACAUAUUAUUGAUGAAUUGUAUGAUGAUCCUUCAAAAUGAGUGGGUUAGCCAAUUUUACAUGUUUAUAUAUAUAUUUGUUUUCAACUUUAUAAUGGAAGCUGAUAAACUUUCCCAUCUGGUAUCUGCUAUUGUUGGAAUGUUCUAAAGUGUAACAACUACAACACCAGUGUACCAGUGAGUAAACACAAGGAAAGAAAAAGGAAAACAGGGCUAUACACUGGACUUUUCAAUACUAAAGCCAGGCUGGGGGCGGGGUGAGAGAAAUUUUUUAUAUCUAAAAUAAAACCUGAGUGGGCAUGGUUAAAUCUGAUAAGCUUUUUAAAAGAUGACCUGAUUUUUACAAAUACUAUCAGAUGUUAUAGUUUGUUUCAAAACCAUGAAGUGUGGUAAUAAAAUAUCUAUUUUGCUGAAAACUUGUGCUGCCUUUUUAUCAUGAAUUCUCAUUAUAUAGUGGGGGCUUUUGUGUUGUAGAACAGACCUUACUCUGUACAGUCAAACAAGCUGUAAAGGCACUAUGGGCUCAUAUUUUCAAAGCUAUCUUAGCUCUAUGAUAUCACAAUAACACUGUGGGCUAUGACAUAGCCUAUGAUGGUUUUAUGAUAUUGUAGCACAAACAUAGUCCCAGUGGUAAAGUGCUCGCUUGAUGCGCGGUCGGUUUGGGAUUGAUUCCCGUAACUGAGCUAUUUCUCACUCCAGCCAGUGCACCA